AUUUAGCACACAGCCAGAAGCCUCAGUAUUCAUUAUCUGAAAUAAUCCUUUUUGAAACAUAGCAAAGAUUGAAGAUGGAAAUGUAACAAAAUUUAAGUCUAAUUAAAUUAGUUUUACAUCUAUGUUAAAAAAAAUAGCAUCCAAACUUUGGAUGCACCAUGCUACACUGGAGCAAUUUGUUUACUUGUGCAUUUGGAUGUGUGUUUUUAAUGUUCAUCUCUUUUUCUGAGACAAAAAAUCCAACUGUUGGAUUGAUCCCAUCUGAAACCUCACAAACCAAAAGCAACUCAGGCUUUAAUUCCACUGGUCCUAAACUCAUGAGAGGGCUGAAGUACAUCCAGACCAGUACGAACAGAGCAAGAAUACAGAUUGAUUUAAGUGGGCCAAACGUCUGCGGAACGAGAUGCUGUACCGGCUGGAUUGUUCACCCCAAGACUAAAAAAUGCACAAAAUCAAAUUGCUCUUCUCGCUGUUUUAACAGAGGUGUGUGCAGUAAGCGAAGUGUGUGUCAGUGCCGUCUAAGCUCUCCACACUGCAAACAGAACCAAAUAAACUUGUCAUCUGAAAUUACAUCCACACCUGUAACCCUACCAGAAGCUACUCCCACAUACAGCACUUUACUUGCCUCCCCAACACCAGCCAUGACAGGCUCAAAAUCCAUGAAGAAAUAUUCUGUACACUGGAAGCCUCUAAGGUUUGAGGUCAGAGCUUUAUAGCAGGCCACUCAAGAUUUUCCACUUCAAACCAGAUAAACCAUAUCUUCAUGGAGCUCACUUUGUGCACAGGGGCAUUGUUAUGCUGGAACAGGUUUGGAUCUGCUAAUUCGAGUGUAGUGACAAUUUUACUGUAUCGCUUCCAAGGAGUGAUGGCAGGAUGGAUGGCAUAGUGAUGCAGCAUGUAGCGUUGCAGCCCCACAACUCAUGCAGGAUCCUGUUUGAUCCUAAGCUCAUAUUAAUGUAUGUGUUAGGCUAUAGUGUAUGUUCUACUUGUUCUUGCUGUUUUUUAUGGGUUCUUUAGUUUCCUUCCACCCCUACAAUGUGUUAUAAUGUGGAUGGUCUAAUGGUGUAUUGUAAUAGAUCAGUGUCCUACCCAUGAUGUAUUUCUGAC